AUGGCGAGUUCAUCAACGGCAGGUAGUGGUGAAAGCAAACGUCCGUUUUCCAGCAGCUCGAAUAUCCCCUCGAAUUUGCGUCACAGCCAAUCCGCCCGACCCUCCUCUCCUCAUACACCUUCACAUCAAUUGCGCUCAAACAAUUCUUCGUUCGCUAGUACCUCGUCUGCAAGCUCCUCUUUUCGCGGUGAAGGAGAUGCGAUCAUCUUUGAAUUUGGCUCCAGAUGGCUCCGGGCAGGGUUCGAGGGCGAUAGUACACCGAUGUGCGUGGUCGGAUUUGGACCAGAGGAAUCGAGGAGAGCUGGUGACUACAGAGGAUGGCUGAAAGGCAGCUCUUCAGAUGCUGCACAAUCGCAACCACUCAAAGCAGACGAGUGGACUAGCCCAUAUGAGCUAUGGAGGAUGAACUUGCGCGAUGUUGAUCUGGGGCUUGUCGAGGAUAAGAUCGAGCGGGUAUUUCGAGAGACAUACAAUAAACAUCUGUUGACAGAUGCAGGGACUUCACGGCUGGUUCUGGUUCUACCAUCGGUUAUGCCUCAUCCCUUAUUGUCCUCAGUUUUGUCGACUCUCUUCAGUCGUUGGCGAUUCCCAAGCAUCACGCUUGUACCAGACGCUGCAAUGUCUGUUACUGCAGCGGGAGUACGUUCGGCGCUGGUGGUGGAUCUUGGCUGGGAGGAGACUACUGUAACUGGGGUCUAUGAGUACAGGGAAAUAGCUUCUAAGCGAAGUACUAGAGCUAUGAAGUCUCUACUACAGCAGACGGGCAAGUCGCUUACCAAGCUUGCCUCGAACGGCAGCCGGGGAUCAAUAUCAGAAGAUGAGAUUUCCGUGAAGUUUGAAUACUGUGAAGAAAUCGUCAGUCGAUUCGCGUGGUGCAAACCAUCCAACGAAGCACCUGAUUCAUACCAACAUAAUAUGAUUUCAAUUCCGUGUCCAUCCAAUCCUAGCUCGGCUUACAUUGACGUCCCUUUUUCUACAUUCGCCGAUCCAGUGGAAAAGGUGCUUUUUGCCGAAGACAUAGCUGAGUGCGAUAUGGAUGACGAAGAAAAGCCAAUUCAUCUGCUUGCCUACAAUACCCUUCUGGCACUACCGCCUGACGUUCGCGGUACCUGCAUGUCGCGCAUCGUGUUUGUCGGCGGGGGUUCAAAUAUUCCAGGUGUUCGACAGCGGAUUCUCAAAGAAGUGGGAUUGUUAGUUAAGAAACAUGGCUGGAGCCAAGUUCGAGGCAAGGUGAUUGAACGACAACGCCAACGGAUGCAGAAUCUAAGUCUUGUGCCACAAUCAACACCCGCUAAGGAAGAAGCUAGAAUGGAAUCACCCGUAUCUCCCACUGCGAAGAAGCACCACGAAGGUGAAGAGCAACAAGAAGAAAUCGAUUUUGUCGAACAGAAGCUCCGACGCAACAACAAAGAUAAAGACAUCAAACCCCAUGUCCAUGGAAUCCUGCGCGAAGUCGAAUCCCUUGGUCCAUGGGCUGGAGCAAGUCUCAUCACGAGCCUCAAAAUUCGAGGUCUGGUAGAGAUUGAACGGGAGAAGUAUCUCCAGCAUGGAAUUGCUGGUGCCAGCCGAGAUUUCGAAUGUCAUGGCCAUGUCCCUGAUAGACGAUCAGGGUUACGGUCAGGCGGAGAUCGGUCGAGUUGGACAUUAGCUGGUUGGGGAUGA